AUGCCAUCACCUAUCCCUCUCAAUCACUUUCUUCCUUUGGAGUUUUCCCCAUCUGUGGAUUUGCGACCCUGCAGCAGCCCCUUAGUGAUCCCUGGUAGAGAUGGAAAAAACUUCUUGGGAGGAACCCCUUCGUGCAGGAUUCGCCGCCUGCCCCCACGCCUGGCCUGGUGCUCCAUAGAUUGGGACCAGCUCUGUCUCCUGCAGCCCCUAGGCUCUGGGGGCUUUGGCUCUGUCUACAAAGCUACCUACCAUGGUGCUGUUGUGGCUGUGAAACAGGUGAAGAAGAGCAGCAAAAACAGGCUGGCAUCACGACAAAGCUUUUGGGCUGAGCUGAACGUAGCCCGUCUGCAGCAUGCUAAUGUGGUACGUGUGGUGGCUGCCAGCACAUGCACCCCUGCCAGCCAGAACAGCCUGGGCACCAUCAUCAUGGAAUAUGUGGGCAACAUCACCCUGCACCAUGUAAUCUAUGGCGCUAGUGACGCGUGGAGGCAGGGUGAGGAUGAUCAAGCAGGAUGUGGAAAAAAGGCCCUGAGCAUGGAAGAGACUGUGUGUUAUUCUUGUGACAUUAUGACUGGCUUAGCCUUUCUUCACUCGCAGGGCAUAGUGCACUUGGACCUGAAGCCUGCAAAUGUCUUCAUCACUGAACAUGGAGUGUGCAAGAUUGGAGAUUUUGGUUGCUCCCAAAAACUGGAGGAUGGCUUGUCCCAGAGUCCCCAGGUUUGCCAGCAAGGGGGCACGUACACGCAUCGUGCCCCUGAGCUCCUCAAGGGGGAGAGGGUCACUGCCAAAGCAGACAUCUACUCGUUUGCUAUCACCCUCUGGCAAAUUGUCAUGCGAGAGCAGCCCUACCUUGGUGAGCGGCAGUAUGUCCUCUAUGCCGUGGUGGCCUAUAACUUACGCCCUUCUCUGGCCGCCGCAGUCUUCUGCGAGUCGCCUGUGGGCCAAAAACUUCAGAGCAUUAUUAGCUGCUGCUGGAAGGCCAAUGUCGAGGAGCGCCUGAGCGCAGCCCAGCUGCUUCCUAGCCUCAGGUCACUUAAGGGCAACCUCUAG